GCAUAUACAUAUUUGCUAUGCUCGCUGGUUAAAGAAGAAAAUAAUAAAUUGCAUACAUACCCAUACCCGAGGAUUGGUGAAACCAAGGAGCAGCAACAAAUGGAAGCAGAAGAAAACGUCCCAACGGACACUGAACUUUUAUUAGUUACGGCUAAUGUGGGUAGCUUAUUUGAAGAUCCAGAAAGACUUCUAACAAUAUGGCUGGAAGAAUUUUUUGCCAAAAUAUCUCAAGUCCAUCCAAAAUUCAUAGCCUUGCAUCUGCAAGAAGUGGGCGGAAAAACCUACGAGAAAUCAAUGGAAUGUGUGCAGGAAUUUAUAAGGCGUCUUUGCGAUGCCAAUGUUAUGACAGAUUACAUUCAUGUUCGCAUCUAUAUGGACGAAGACUUUCAGUCACCGGAGCAUUUUACCGCAUUGGGUAAUGUUUAUUUCGCUCACCGCGAUAUAGAAAAUAUAAGAAUUUGGAAUUUUCUAACCCACGGCUGGGAGGACAAAUUAAAUCAAACUAAUGAUAAACAUAUCUAUUCUGGCAACAUUGAAACUAUUCCAACCAAGGAGAAAUCCAAAUUUCCCCAGCAUUUUUUUCCGGAAUGUAAAUGGUCUCGAAAAGGAUUUAUGCGAACACGAUGGGAAAUCAAUAACACCGUCUUUGAUUUGGUGAAUAUUCAUUUAUUUCACGAUGCUUCCAAUUUGGCGGCUUGUGAAGAUUUCCCUUCUGUGUACUGUAAAACAAGGAGAAGAGCUUUAGUCCACACAAUUGAGCGUUUCCAUUUGGAUGAUAAAAAUGGAACAGUCCCAUUUUUUCUAUUUGGCGAUUUUAAUUUUCGUUGUGACACUGAAGGGGUUGUAAAGGAGUUAACUCAAAACUUAACCGCACAUCGCGUCCAAAGUAUGAAGAGUGAUAGUAAUAAAAUUCAUUAUCGUAAUACCAUUGGCAAUAAUGUACUUACUGUUGGUAAAAAAGAAUUUAGUCAUGCCGAUCAUCAGUUAAAGUUUAAGGAAGAUUGGUUGAAAAAUUUCGAUAGAGAAUUGGAGCCACUUAAAGAGAUUCUAGUCGAGUAUCCAAUAAGCUUUGUUCCGUCUUAUCCAUUUGAAGAAGAUCCCGAAAUGCCUACCGAUUAUAUGUCUACACGCUGUCCAGCGUGGUGCGAUCGUAUUCUAAUGAGUCCACAGGUCUCGGAAAUUAUACAAAAUGACGAUUGGGAUUAUAACAUGAUUGGAGAAUCCAUAUGCAUGGGCGAUCAUAAGCCUAUUUACUUAACUGUCCGUCUAAAACCAAACAAAGGUACUUAUAGAUCUUGUGAUUGCAACUAUACAUAUUCAUGUGCAAAUAACAACAACAAUUCAGCAUCAGCUGUACCCAUAGCUAAGUGUAAAUAUUGUCCCUAUUCCAAUACAAUUUAUAAGGAUGUCGUGAACGAAUGCAAAAUUUUGGCAAACACUGCACAAAAAUCUAGUGUAAAGAUAAAACAUAAUCCAUUAAAAAUUAGACACGAUGAAGAUGCCCAAGGAGGCCACUCAUCAAGACAUCCGGCUGUUAGUAUUAAUGUAAUUGACUCAGACAAUAUCUGUGUGUGUAUGUGCGCGCAUCUAUCUAGCACCAAUCCUCUUAACGACGAUUCUAACGGAGAAACAAUCAAGACUGAGCCAAUAGAAGGAACCAUAUGUCCGCUGUGUUGCAAUAUGAUAAAACAGCAGCCGGUCACUCAUCGCUAUAGAUUACUAUCUAAGCGAGUAGUGCUUUCAGAAGACAUAAUUGUGAAUCGAAUUGAUACACAGCAUCUUAGUACAUACUAUGAGCAUGCGCAUGACGAUCCAUACACACCAGAUUCUGAUUCCCAUUCGCCGUAUCCAGAGGUACCCAGUACAUCUACAACAACCUCGAGUAACAGUCGCAGUCCAUUUGAACAUCGAUUGCCUCGUGAUGAUUCAGGGAUCGAUGAGUGCCAUGAAAAGUACACUCCUACCAAAUCGGAAAUCGUAUUGACGAACAAUCCAGCCUCAGAAAAGCAAUCUCGGGGAGCUGUUACUCCCGGACAACUGAAGUCACGCUUGGAAGACUUGCAACGAUUAUCCAUACACAAUAAAGACGAGAACGAUCCGGUUAUGGGGAAGGGUGAUGCUGAUCAAGUUGAAGCUAUUUGCACACCAAACGCUGUUCCAACCCGUCCAAGACGCAACUCAAGCGUUUUUCCUAUGUGUUGUAACAUUCACUAAUUGAUGUUCUUUUGUUGUGUUAUAUAUUUUUUUUAUUUUGAUACACGUAUAUAUCUAUCCUCAUUUAUUUCUCUUCUUUUUUAUGUUGUAUUAGUUUAAGAGAAGUUCAGUCAGUCAGUAGCAACUCAUUUCUAUACUUUUACUGAUUUAUUUAUUUUAAUGUACAAACCUGAAGGAAUCUUGAUAACGAUAUAACGAUUAAGUAUCAUUAAGAAUCUACGUAAACGUCGAGAACUAUAUAAUUUAUACAUUAUAUAUGAUUGCACUAGCAUUAAUUAACAUAUGCCAGUUAUUCCAAAAUGAAGAAAUUAUUUUGUUUUUAAAUCUA